AUGCAGCCAUUAUACUGGCCCAUCCUGAGGGCAGCCACUUUAGUCUUCAUAUUUGCUUCUCGGGCCGUGAGUGAACCGGUGCAGUACUGCCGUUUCGGCCAUGAGGAUUCGCCGGAUGCUACCAUUGACUUUUGCUUGGGCAUUUCGACGUUCUUUAACUCUUCGUCAAAUAACCAGGAUCUGUAUAUGAGUAUACAUGUCACCAAGAGCUCGGCUCUGGGCUGGACUGCCCUCGGCACCGGAUCAAUGAUGGCAGGCUCAUUGAUGUUCAUCGUCUACGGCGAUCCCUUUUCUUCUGAGCUAAACGCCCCUGCUGUGAGCGUACGUACGAUUGACGGUCAUCAUCAGCCCCAUCUUCUCUCUUCAUCCGAUACUGGAGGAGCUGAAAUUCGUGUCGUUAAAGCCGAAUGGGCUUCCGUUGAUUCUGCCAAGGAUAAUUCGCAGAGCAAGACCUCGAACGGAAACUCGGUUUCUGUCGCAGAAGUAGCAAUCAUAUGCUAUUCGUUUACAAAGUGGCCUGGGUCGCCAAUAGAUAUGGACGCAACAGCCCAGCCAUGGAUUUGGGCGUGGAACAAACAUCAAGAAUUCGAUACGUUUGCAGACGUCGUGCAUCUGGACGUGCAUGAGCACCACGCGGAAACUGGCGGCUGGGGACGCUUCUACGUCGACAUGGCACGGGCAGUGGCCAAAGACAUACUAGCACCACUUUCGCCUCCAAUUCGACCCGGUGUCGCUACCCUCGGCGCCUGGGAUAUACCUGGUGGAUGGUCUUGGAGGAACUCAUUUGCCCGUUUCCACGGCUUUAUUAUGAGCGCUGCUUUUCUGCUAUGCUUCCCGGCUGGAGUAGUUGCAAUGCGGUCAGGGUCAAGCAAAUCGUUCAGAUACCACUGGAUCUUGCAGCUCAUUGCGUCAACUUUGGUCUUGGUCGGCGUGGCUAUAGGACUGCUUAGGGCACAUAAGAUCAGCUCUCCCCACCAUUAUAUCGGACUCAUCGUGGCUCUCCUCAGCUUGGUUCAGAUUUGGCUAGGCUGGCGCCAUCACGUUCUAUUUGUCAGGAUAAAGCAGCGCCAAUGGGCUUCCCAUGGGCAUAUAUGGUUAGGCCGUGUAUUUUUAUUGCUUGGUUGGACCAACAUAAUUACCGGGCUUUUCUUAACCGGCCGCGGCUGGUCCUUGAUUUCUUUGGCCGCCAGUUAUAUAUCAAUCGCUGCAGUGGCCGUGAGUAGCUGGGUUUGGUAUGCUACACGUCAGCGUAAGCAACGUGGACAUCCGCAAAACUGGGAAGAGGAGAGCCCUCUGUACGCCUUGGAGGCCACGAGGGAUGAUUAUUUUGCCAUUGCCCCGGACGAUGAUGAUGAGAGCGAACUCGAGUCAAGCAACGGAAGUUCGAAACCUGUCAAACUACACAAAUCAGACGCAGAGUAA